GCUUUCACUUACACUUCUAUUUAUUCUCAUUUAAGUACCAAACUUCUCGCAAGUUUUUGGAGCAUUGUUUAAGGAAAUCAACUUAAGCAGGUAUUUCCCAGCAUUAAUGGAGAACAUGAUCAUGAGCUUUACCUUCCUUGCAAUGUGGUUGAUGCAAUGCUUCCUGGCUGCCUUAGCCAUGUCUCAACCAAACUUCACCACAGACCAAUAUGCCCUUCUUGAAUUCAAAGCUCACAUCACUUCUGAUCCUCACAAUAUCUUGUCUUUCAACUGGUCUUCUGCUACCUUAGUAUGUAAUUGGGUUGGUGUUUCCUGCAGUGCUCUUCAUCAUAGAGUCACAACCUUGAAUCUUCCAAACAUGAACCUCACCGGGAGCCUCCCUCCCAACGUGGGAAACCUCUCAUUCCUUGUUUCUCUCAACUUGAGUGGAAACAACUUCCAUGGCCAUUUGCCUCUAGAAUUGGGGAAGCUGCAACAUUUGAGGCUCAUGGACUUGAGCGACAAUUUUCUUGACGGAAGCAUUCCAAAUGAGAUUUGGUUGCUUUCAAAGUUGGAGAUUUUUAGAGUGGGAAACAACCAGCUUACUGGAACCAUAUCAAGAAAUAUUGGGAACUUAACUAAACUAAGGAUAAUAUAUCUUGGAUUCACAAAAAUGAGUGGGGAAAUACCACAAGAGAUAGGUAGUCUUCAUAACUUGGAGAAACUUUCAAUAGGAAAUGCAUGCUUAUCAGGUCUAAUUCCACCAAAUAUCUUCAAUAUCUCUUCUUUAAGAUGGAUUUAUCUUUACACAAAUAACCUUUCUGGUACCCUUCCUAUCGACUUGUGCUAUCAUUUGCCAAAUCUUGAGGAGCUUUAUUUGAAUGAGAAUCAGUUAAUUGGCUCAAUUCCCUCAAGCAUAGGUAGAUGCAAAAAGCUUCAGCUGUUGGUUUUAGAAGCUAAUAGAUUCACUGGAUAUAUUCCAAGAAGCAUUGGGAACUCGUCUGCAUUUGUUGAAAUAUAUCUUAGUUACAAUGACUUGGAAGGUGAAAUACCAAAGGAGGUUGGCAAAUUACCCUUGAGGGUUUUAGAAAUAGGAUUCAACUUCUUAUCUGGUUCCAUUCCUCCCACAAUCUUCAACAUCUCAACCUUGGAAGAAAUUUACUUAGCAAGGAAUAACCUUUCAGGACAUCUUCCUUUAACUGUUGGACUUGGGCUUCCAAAGCUUACUAACCUAAAUCUAUUUGAAAAUAAAAUCAGUGGCAUUUUUCCAAGUUGUAUCUCCAAUUCUUCCCAGCUUACCGUUCUAGACAUAAGCAAUAACUCAUUCUCUGGCCCUUUCCCUAAUUCACUUGGCAAUCUAAGAUCCCUUAAAAAGCUUCGCCUUCUUGGAAACAUGUUCUCUAAAUUAUCCACUUCAGAAAGAAGCUUUCUCUCUUCUUUCAUAAACUGUAGAUUUUUGACAUCUCUAGGUAUAUCAUCUGAUUCAUUGAAUGGUGUCCUUCCGAGGUCAAUUGGGAAUCUAUCUAGAUCUCUUCAAUAUUUUUAUAUAAUCAAUAGCAAAUUCUAUGGAAACAUUCCUAUAGAAAUUGGCAACUUGAGCAACUUGAUAACUCUGUCUCUUUAUGGUAAUGAUUUGACUGGACCAAUUCCAGCAACAAUUGGAAGAUUGCAACAGCUUCAAGGUCUAUUUCUUGAUGGUAAUAGACUGCAAGGAACAAUUCCGAAUGAUCUAUGUCAUUUACAGAGAUUAGAUCAAUUGGAAUUGGAAAGCAAUCAGCUCAAUGGAUCCAUGCCAGAGUGCUUAGCCAAUUUGACUUCUUUAAGAUAUCUAGACUUAAGUUCCAACAACUUAUGUUCUACCAUACCCUCAACCUUUUGGAGUCUUAAAUAUAUCUUGGAAGUAUACUUGUCAUCAAAUUCAUUCAGUGGCUCCCUUCCAUUAGAUUUUGGAAACCUAAAGGUCUUGAUCAAGGUGGAUUUAUCUAGAAAUCAGCUAUCAAGCAAUUUACCUAGCACCAUUGGGGAUCUCAAAGAUCUGACUUAUCUUUCCAUAACAGAAAAUGCAUUAGAAGGUAACAUUCCUCAGUCAUUUGGUGGCUUGGUAAGCUUGGAAUUCUUGGAUCUCUCUAACAACAUUCUCUCUGGAGUGAUUCCUAAGUCUUUGGAAGGACUCUCUUAUCUCAAUUUCUUCAAUGCAUCUUUCAAUAGACUUGAAGGGGAAAUUCCAAGUGGAGGAUCAUUUAGAAACUUCACCGCUCAGUCAUUUAUGGGAAACGCUGCCCUUUGUGGUUUGCUAAGAUUUCAAGUACCUCAAUGUAAGUCCCACGAAAAAUCCAUCAAUGUGCUACAAUUAGUAGUGCCACUUGUAGCAACUACCAUAUUGAUACUUUCCCUUGUUGUCAUCAUCAUCUUCAAAAGACGACAUAAAUCAAAAGCAAAAUCCAUGGAUGAAGAAAUUUUGCCAUGCCUAGCAAAAUGGAAGAGAAUUUCAUAUCAUGAGCUUCAACAUGCGACUGACAAAUUCAAUGAAAGAAACAUACUUGGCACAGGGAGUUUUGGGUCAGUAUACAAUGGGACACUUCCAGGUGGAAUGAACAUUGCAAUAAAGGUCUUCAAUCUGCAAGUAGAGGGUGUACUCGAGAGUUUUGACACAGAAUGUGAAGUAUUAUGCAAUUUUCACCAUCGAAAUCUCGUUAAAAUCAUUAGCAGCUGCUCUAAUGAAAACUUCAAAGCUUUGGUGCUCGAGUUCAUGCCUAAUGGAACCUUGGAGAAGUGGUUAUAUUCUAAUAGAUGUUGUCUAAAUGUCUUGCAAAGAUUAAAUGUAAUGAUUGAUGUGGCUUCUGCUCUAGAAUAUCUCCACCAUGGAAAUUCAGUUCCAAUCAUCCAUUGUGAUUUGAAACCUAGCAAUGUGUUGCUUGAUGAAGAUCUAGUUGCACAUGUGGGGGAUUUUGGCCUUGCCAAGCUUUUGGGAGAAAAAGAAUCUAUGAUGCAGACAAUGCAAAUUGCCACUAUAGGUUACAUGGCACCAGAGUAUGGAUCAUUGGGAAUGGUUUCUACAAAAGGUGACGUUUACAGCUAUGGCAUCUUAGUCAUGGAGACAUUCACAAGACGAAAACCUACAGACAAAAUGUUUAUUGGAGAGAUGAGCUUGAAGGCGUGGGUGAAUGAAUCAUUAUCUCAUUCAAUAACUGAAGUUGUGGAUGGCAAUUUGAUGGAGGAGGAUGAGCAUUUCAUUGCCAAGGCAAAUUGUGUAUCAUCUGUUUUGGAAAUAGCUUUGAAUUGCUGUGCAGAAGCACCCAAAGUAAGGAGAAAUAUGAUGGACGUCGUAGCAAUGCUUAAAAGAAUAAAAAAUCAAUAUCUUAAUGAUAUUGGAAAUUGAGAAGAUCAUGUAAAUUAAAUAACUAGAAUUAGAGACUACUUUAGUAUUGAAAUUAUGGUUUUGGACAAAGAAUAAAAAUAGUUUCUUUAC